ACGCUUCUGCAAUCUCGAUCCUUAAGCUUACCGUUUACACGCUAAGCCGCCAUUGACGAACUCGCCGCGCCUUCAAAAGUCCCCCACGACCCUCCUCCCACUCACACCGCUUCCGUCCUUUCUAUCCUGGCGGAUCCCUCUGCGUCGCCCAGAUGCUGACGUGCAUCGCCUGCUCGAAGCAGCUUGGCGGCGGCCACGGCCGCGAGGACGACGACGUCACCAUUGGCGCCGCGACGCCCAGCGCAGGUCGGGGCAUUAAAGACCUCACUGCCCAGAUUAAGGAGAUGGCGUUAAAGGCGACGGGGGCGUAUCGGCACUGCAAGCCGUGUGGGGGGGCGCCGGAGGACGGGCUGCGCCACCUCCACGGGGACUACGCUUGCUCGGAGGCGGCGUCGGGAUCGGACUGGAGGACCAUCGGCAGCGCUGCGUGGACUCCGAGGACUGCGACGUCCCCGAUGAUGGGGCGGGAGCUGAAGGAGAUCUCCAGCGGCGAGAGGACUCCGUCAGUGAGCGGCUGGACGGAGGCCUCGUCGGCGGUGGCGUCGACGUUCCCGGAGGACGGCGAAGAGGAGGAGCCCAAGGAGUGGGUGGCCCAGGUGGAGCCCGGGAUUCUGAUCACCUUCCUCUCGCUCCCCCACGGCGGCAACGACCUGAAGAGGAUCCGGUUCAGCCGAGAGAUGUUUAGCAAGUGGCAAGCCCAGAGGUGGUGGGCAGAAAACUAUGACAAGGUCGUGGAGCUGUACAAUGUCCGUAGAUUCAAUCGCCACGCCAUGCCUCUUCCGACACCACCAAGAUCUGAGGAUGAGAGCUCAAAGGACAGCCCGGUGACACCACCACUCAGCAAAGAGCGGCUGCCUCGCAACCUCUACUUAACCGGUGACGCUGGGAUGGGUUACUCAUCAUCUGAUUCUCUCGAACAACAUUCAAGUUACAAAUACCAUGGCCAUCACCACACACGCCAUGCAUGCCACUACUAUGACUCUGGUGGCCUCACGUCAACCCCGAAGCUGUCGAGCAUCAGCGGGUCAAAAACAGAAACAUCGUCCAUGAAUGCUUCACGGAGGACGAGCUCAUCCGCUGAGGAGUUGGAUCGAUAUGGGGAGCUCUCGGCAUCAGUUAGCAAUGCUAGUGAUUUAGAGAGGGAAUGGGUGGAAGAGGAUGAACCUGGUGUCUACAUCACAAUUCGCGAGUUACCUCGAGGUAUCAGGGAACUUCGCCGUGUCCGAUUCAGCCGGGAGAGGUUCGGAGAGAUGCACGCGAGGUUAUGGUGGGAGGAGAACCGUGCAAGGAUACAAGAACAGUAUCUUCGAUAACAAAGCAAGCAGAUAAACAUACAGCUGUUCUUUGCUCCAGUUUGCAACUUAGUUGUCAUUAGAACUUGCUAUAUUUGAAGUUGUGUGAUUAAAUAUGCAGGAGGAUUGUUUGCGAGUAUACUUGCGCAAAGUUGGCUCGAGAUGGCUGUCAGUGUAUUUUGAUGGGUGGAUCAGUAACUAAGAACAUUGUAUUACAGCAGAACCCUUGGACGUCUUGAGCUCGCUCAAGCAAUAGCUUCAACUAAUAGCCAGAGGAGUCACCCUCCGAAUCCGUAUCAUGUCUGAAAGAGAAUAUUGACUUGGAUGGCAUGCAGCGGUCACCUUCGAAGACGACGCGGUCGCCGAUGAUCUCAGGAGCGACUACUUUUUCCUUCUUACCCACAGUCGUGGAUACGUUGCCGGUGAUGUGGCACUUGAUUCGGCGUCCGAAAUGACAACCGUCGGAUGCUGUCACUGUGCCCCAAGUAAGCGCGGGACCCACACGAUUACGUGGUCAACACGCAUCGACACAGGCUCGGUGUCUCGCAGCGCAGCACGUAACCUCCUCUUAGCGGUUGUAAGCAUGUUAGUCCAUGGAAUGAAGUAACACGCCAGACCUACACCUGGCAGUUACACGUCCAAACCUGGAUCAAACCGUUCCACUUUUUCCCGCACCUCUUCCUCACACACGCCGCAACACCUGACCCUUUUCACCCGGUAACCUUGCGUUCCUUUUUUGCCUAUUUGAUCAGGUUGUUUUCAUAUAUAUAUCCUUACACGAUUUGGAAAUA